UAAGUGCGGCGCUGCUUGGGAAGAAUUCCAAUUGCAACCCCUCUCACCCCGCCAACUCCGCCCCUCUUUAAAAACAAUUGCCCUCCUUACCGUCCCAGAAUGUCUGCUCCUGCCCACAAGUUCAAGGUCGCCGACCUUUCCCUUGCCGCCUUCGGGCGCAAGGAGAUUGAGAUGGCCGAGAACGAGAUGCCUGGCCUCAUGGCCACGCGGAAAAAGUAUGCUGCCGAUCAACCCCUCAAGGGUGCGCGCAUCGCUGGUUGUCUGCACAUGACAAUCCAGACGGCAGUCCUGAUUGAGACGCUCGUUGCUCUCGGUGCUGAGGUCACAUGGUCGUCGUGCAACAUUUUCAGCACGCAGGACCAUGCCGCCGCCGCCAUUGCCGCCGCCGGCAUUCCCGUUUUCGCCUGGAAGGGCGAGACUGAGGAGGAGUACAACUGGUGCCUGGAACAGCAGCUUGUUGCCUUCAAGGAUGGCAAGAAGUUGAACCUGAUCCUGGACGAUGGCGGUGAUCUCACUCACCUCGUGCAUACCAAGUACCCCGAGAUGCUCAAGGACUGCUACGGCGUGUCUGAGGAGACGACCACGGGUGUCCACCACCUGUACCGCAUGCUCAAGAACGGCCAGCUGCUGGUUCCCGCCAUCAAUGUCAACGACUCAGUCACCAAAUCCAAGUUCGACAACUUGUACGGCUGCCGCGAGUCGCUGAUUGACGGCAUCAAGCGUGCCACGGACGUCAUGAUCGCUGGCAAGAUCGCCGUUGUUGCCGGCUUUGGCGAUGUCGGCAAGGGUUGCGCCAUGGCGCUCCACGGCAUGGGUGCUCGUGUGCUGGUCACCGAGGUUGACCCCAUCAACGCCCUCCAGGCUGCCAUGGCCGGCUAUGAGGUGACCACCAUGGAGAAGGCUUGCAAGGUUGGCCAAAUCUUCGUCACGACCACCGGCUGCCGGGACAUCUUGGUCGGCAGGCACUUCGAAGCGAUGCCCAACGAUGCCAUUGUCUGCAACAUUGGCCACUUCGAUGUCGAAAUUGAUGUUGCCUGGCUCAAGGCCAACGCCCAGUCCGUCCAGAACAUCAAGCCUCAGGUUGACCGUUUCUUGAUGAAGAACGGCCGUCACAUCAUUCUGCUUGCCGAGGGUCGCCUGGUCAACCUGGGCUGCGCUACUGGCCACAGCUCCUUCGUCAUGUCGUGCAGCUUCACCAACCAGGUGCUUGCUCAGAUCAUGUUGUACAAGAACAACGACGAGGCUUUCGCCAAGAAGUACGUCGAGUUCGCCAAGAGCGGCAAGCUCGAGAAGAAAGUCUAUGUUCUUCCCAAGAUCCUCGAUGAGGAAGUUGCUCGCCUUCACCUGGCUCACGUCAACGCCGAGCUUACUACCCUUACCUCUGCCCAGGCUGAGUACCUCGGCCUGGACGUUGAGGGUCCGUUCAAGAGCGACCACUACCGCUACUAAUUCCUUGUUGUACUCUGUCCUCGCUUCAGCAUGGUCGUUUUAGAUGCGAAGAAGCGUAUUUGUAUAGAUCUUCAACACGUGGGAUCUUGGAGGGGUCUCGUGGCAUGUUUUCUAAGAUAAUUCCUUUAUUGUUCUUCUCCGGCAUUGUUUUUCAACAGGCAUGACUUGCAUGGCACAUGAGGGUCUGGGUAGGGUAUAAAAAGGCUCACGGGGGUUCGGGUACACAUUUUCAACAAAAGUACGGCGUUGGCUUUGGCUCAUGAUAUCCCACCCACACCUCACGGGGAAGGCGUUUAACAGAGCUUGUCAUCAUGGUGCGCGGGAGCACUUUUCUGGGGCAGACAAGACAGGAAUGGACAUGGACCCGUCAACCGGGCCUAGAUAGAUAGAUGCAGGGGGCGACUUAAUUGAAAGAGACUGGCUUCCUGGGCGAGCAUGUACACAGAACACGGGCC